CCUCUCGGCGAUGCAAGAAGCAACCCACCGAGUCUUGAAUCAGCAUCAGCUCACGUCGUCCUCGCAGCUGAUGUACAGAUACGUCAAGUUGGAUGAUUUGUUGAAAUUGAAGUGAUCGUAAAGGAGAAAGUGGGAGGACGUUGUGAUUUCUUUGAAUAUUGAAAAUUCACGCGAGUAAAUCGUUCUUUUUGCUUUACUUACGGUAGCUUAUCACUCACCACUGGAACUUUGUAAGGGCUGCUGAAGAAAGUGUUUCUGGUCAAACGAAGGUGUCCAGAAAGUGAGUACGAGAGUUUAUUUUUAUUAAAUCUUAAUCUAAAUUUGUUGAAACCUUAAACUAGAGCUGCGGACUGACUAGAUUUCGCACAAGCACGACAUUGCCUACCUGUUGGAGGACAUACACGGAUAGGGUGACCAAUGUACGCAAAACUAACCUUAAGCCUAGAAUUACUAUUAAUUUGAAUAAAUUUAGCUUUUAGCGAUUCCACAUCAAUCAACGGUGUGCUGCUCAAAAGAACCCGAAAACGUCCCAACAUAAUCUAAAAGAUUGUCCAACGUGAUGUCGUGCGACUCCAGUCGAAGUAAUCCCAGCCAGAGCUGCGCUGAACACGAUCUGGACGGGAAGUUCGAGCGCCAUCUACACUGGUCGGGGUUGAAUUACGACAGCGAAAUCAUCAACAGCAGAGCCCUACCGGAACACUCUAUCGCAGGUUCCGUGUACCGUCCAGUUUCUGGAAAGAGAACUGGAGCGGUGGUUCACUCUGAACCUAUCACGCCGAGUACAAAAUCCCGCGGGCGUGUUGCAGGCCUGAGACAGCAGUUGCUGGCCGUGCAGGAAGCGUAGCACCAGAGGCGGCAGGAGCUGAGCGAAAUGCAAGCACGAAUCGAUCAGGAAUACGAAGAUGAUCGCAAGAAGCUGCAACUCGAGAUGGAAAUGCGAUACGAAAACAUCCGAUCGCGAGUGGAAGUCGUGGACGAAAGUAUCAAGGUCGGAAUGGAGCAGAAAGAGGAAGGCAAGAAGAAAGAGUUGCGAUAUCGAGGACGACUGUAUGAGGUCGGAAGCACGACGGCGAAGGCAACGGAGAAAACGGCAAACAAUGUUUUGGAGGACAUUUUAGUGGCGACAUCUGGAUCAGGCGCUAGUGAGGAGUGCAAAAGGCAAUCAACUUGCAAAUCCGAUCGUGCGUUGACGAGUUCCUCGCAGAACGACGAUGCUGUGGAGUUCCCGUUAGAAGUUUGCUUCGUGGAAACGACGGUACCAACUCGAGCUGUCAGCAGUCUAAAUCAUGCCUUUCCAACAAUUGUUCACAUACCUGUGAAACAAGAUUUCUCGAAUCACGUCUUCACGAAAUCGUUUGCAAUCGAAGAGGUACUCCAGACGAGCAUGCCGGAAAGCGAAUCUUUACUGGGCAGGCGCAAGGUGUCAGAUGAAGGGUCGUGGGAAGUGAAUUCGACUGAUAAGCAGUUCAAGCGUUUUGACCAGCCGCAGUACGUCAGCACGUUUGCCAACAUCAUACGCAGGUGUAGGUAUCCAGGUGCAGGGCGGAUGGUGGGUUCGUUGGAAUUCGAGAAGAGGAAGCUGUUAACGUGCACAGACGUGCGCGCAAGACCGAGAUGGAUGUUGAAGGAGCAGUGGUGGAGGAUGUGUGGAGUACCAACGUCACAGUUUGACCAGUCUGACACUCUGGUCAGAUAUGGAGCGGCGUUGCAGAAAAUCUACGAUCCUUUAAGAACCAGCUCAUCACAAAUUCUUCGGAGCGUUCUACGGUACGGAACAUUUGGGUGGAGGUACACCGGUGGAUUGGGUUGGGCGGACGACUACACGUUCCUUCCCAGAAUGGGGCGGUUCGAUGGGGUGACGACGAAAUGGGUCCUGCAGGACGUUCAUGCGUUGCGUAUGAACUGGAAGUCAUCACCUGGGCAGAACCGCAUGGAAACUCGGUACGCACAGAAGACGUAUCUGGUGCGUAUGACGAAGGAGCUGGGCGUCGAAGAUCGAGAUGAUGACGGUUCAAAGUUCUCGCCGAACUACGAACGCUAUCAAGUCGGGAACGUCGAGACGGCUAAGCACAAGUUUAAAGUCCGCCAACUCGGAGAGCCGUUUGCCGUGAGGUCUCGAUCUAAGUGGAAAGUGCGCGGAAUGCAGGCUCCAUUCGUUGAAUGUGCAGAGGACGUUCUACUUCCACUUGGUCACUUCGCGAGCUUGGAAAUGCCAUUGGAGGUCUUCUGGCGUCGACUAGGAAAGCUGGGCGAGUACACGAGUGGCCAGCAGGAUCAGCGUGCACAGCCGGAACGUCGCGGGACAUCCGAAAACCGCACCGUCACCGACCGCCAGCCCAAAAGCCGUACCACGCAGGAUGAGGAAGUUGCCAUGGAAACAGAGAGGAUUCCUAAAGGUAACUGCUUAGUGACAAGCUAUGCGAUCGGUGGCGACGGGUGGUCCCAGCUGAAAGAGAACGAUAAGAUUACGACAGAGCGGAGCGACAAGGAUCGACGCACGCAGAGAUUGGUGAACAAGAAACGAAUGGAAGGCGAGUCGCAGAGGUUCAUGUCAGAGAUUUCCAAAGAAGAACAUAUUGUAAGCACAGGAAGGCCGCUGGAGAUCUGCAACGCGGACGGCGUCGGAGAGAACCAGAAAUCGGCGUUUGCUGCGCCAAAGUGUUUGGAAAAGGUCCUGUUAGAAGCUGAUAGGAAAAUGGUGGGACAGGAAGUGAAACUGGCGCGCGUUGAUGUUGAGGCGUGUAAGCCUGAUCCGGGAGUUUGGACCAGCUUAACGGGUCGGGGUAUGUUACGGAGCGGCGCGCGCUGAGUCUGCAGAAAAUACCUCUCGGCGAUGCAAGAAGCAAUCCACCGAGUCUUGAAUCAGCAUCAGCUCACGUCGUCCUCGCAGCUGAUGUACAGAUACGUCAAGUUGGAUGAUUUGUUGAAAUUGAAGUGAUCGUAAAGGAGAAAGUGGGAGGACGUUGUGAUUUCUUUGAAUAUUGAAAAUUCACGCGAGUAAAUCGUUCUUUUUGCUUUACUUACGGUAGCUUAUCAGUAAGUCACGCAGUUAUUUAAAUUUGAAUUCCUAGUAACGAUCCUAAAUAUUAAUUAAAGCUCACCACUGGAACUUUGUAAGGGCUGCUGAAGAAAGUGUUUCUGGUCAAACGAAGGUGUCCAGAAAGUGAGUACGAGAGUUUAUUUUUAUUAAAUCUUAAUCUAAAUUUGUUGAAACCUUAAACUAGAGCUGCGGACUGACUAGAUUUCGCACAAGCACGACAUUGCCUACCUGUUGGAGGACAUACACGGAUAGGGUGACCAAUGUACGCAAAACUAACCUUAAGCCUAGAAUUACUAUUAAUUUGAAUAAAUUUAGCUUUUAGCGAUUCCACAUCAAUCAACGGUGUGCUGCUCAAAAGAACCCGAAAACGUCCCAACAUAAUCAACAUUAUGUUGAGACGAAUUUCGGGCUCUUUUCAGCAAUUUAACACCGUUGAUUUUUAAGU